AUGGGCAGCGGGCGGGUGAGUCGGGAUGGAAGAGUAAGAAACUGGGGUGGGGAAGACACGGAAAAAGAACGAGGGCUUCACAGUGAACAGUACUCUUCUUCACUGGUAAGGGGAGGAGAAGGGGGGACGGAGGGCGGGCGAGCAGAGGGACGGCGGCGGACGCGACGGUGUCGAGGAGGAAAAGAGGCAAGAGGGGGGGAGGGGGAAGUGAUUAAGUGGGUAACGGAUGUGCGGGAUGCAGUGCGAAUUCCUCGCACAAGCCAAAGGGGUACGGAAGGAAACGAAGCUGGAGGCAGGAAAGCAAGACCAGGUCCCGGCAGUACGCAAAAAGGGGAGAACCAGGGGCGCCGGGCAAGCAACACUCCUGGGCGCAGCGCGAAUAAGGCCAACGGUGGCCCGCACAAAAAGGAAACUGAAACAAGGAAGGGGCGCCAGCCGGUGAUCCAAUAUCCAGUCGCAACGAGGAGAGGGUGCAAAUGCCAGAGUGGGGAAGGCCAAAAGCCAAUGCAGAUCAGAGAACAGUUGCUGCGUUGGCAAGACGAAAGCUCCGUAUACCAUAAACCACGCGGUCCAGUCGACAACCACAACUGGUAA